AUGGAUAUCGCGUUAGAAGUCACCGACAAAUACUUCUUCGAUCAUUUCUAUUCCGCUCUCCUCCCCGCCAAACCUAUACUCUUGAACGCCAUUGGAGAACAAAUUAAUGGUACACUACUCGAUCCGAAAACGGCUUCAACAUGGCAAUAUCAUCCUUCGAAUUCUUUUCUUCAGUUUGAACCGUCAGACGCGGCAUACACCAGUCAAUGGGAUAGAGAUAAUAUUUUUCGACAAGCUUUCUCAUUGUUCCUGAUUACUUGGAUCGCAGGUGCAGCCAUUUACUUUACAAUCUCUACUCUCUCGUACCUAUUCGUCUUCGAUAAAACUACCUUUCAACAUCCCAAAUUCCUCAAAAAUCAAGUUCGCAUGGAAAUCUCUCAAGCAUGUAACUCGAUGCCCUUGAUGUCCAUUCUCACCACUCCCUUCUUCCUCGCAGAAGUUAGAGGCUAUUCCAAACUAUACGAUCUCACAUCUGAAGGACCGGGUAUGUGGUACAAUUGGUUCCAAUUUCCACUUUUCCUCCUCUUCACAGAUUGUUUCGUCUAUUUCAUCCAUCGCGGUCUCCAUCAUCCUUCCGUAUACAAGACACUUCACAAACCACAUCACAAAUGGAUUAUGCCAACUCCUUACGCUUCAAUUGCUUUUCAUCCCGUAGAUGGCUGGAUGCAAUCUCUUCCUUACCACGUCUUUCCCUUCAUCUUCCCACUUCAGAAAUUCGCAUACCUCGGUCUCUUCUUCUUCGUACAAGUCUGGACAGUUUUUAUUCAUGAUGGAGAAUAUGUGGCCAACAGUCCAAUUUUGAAUGGAGCCGCUUGUCAUACGAUGCAUCAUCUUUACUUUAAUUAUAAUUAUGGUCAAUACACAACACUUUGGGAUAGAUUGGGAGGUAGUUAUAGAAAACCAAAUGAGGAACUUUUUAGAAGAGAAAGUAAGAUGGGACAAAAGGAGUGGGAGAGACAAGUUGCGGAGAUGGAGAAACAGGUUUUGGAGGCGGAAGGAGAGGAUGAUAGAGUUUAUGGUGGAGUGGAAAAGAAGAUGAAUUAG